AUGGAAGAGGUCAUGAAUUUUAUGAUGCAUGCUUUUGAAUUGGCCAAAAAUCUUGAACUAGAAUUACCCAACAUGGCCAACAACCCUGAAAUUCUAUUCUCAUCCAUUCAUGAGGUUGAAAAAGCUUAUAGUGAUGCCAAAGAAAGAGUUAGGAUGGUGUUUUCAUCAUCAUCAGCACAACAUGAAACAACAACAACAACAACAACAAAAGGUUUUGGUUCCUUGGCUCAGAUUCUGUCUCAUGAUGUUUUCAUGCAGAAAAACCAGCAUGCUCCAAUGGGUGGAAGUGUAUCUUCCAUGCAUGCACAUUCAAUGGAUCAAUCGCUUCUAAUGCAACACUCUUUCGAUGUGAGUGUUUUUCUCGAGAAUAAGAUGAUAAAUGGUAGUGGUGAUGCUCAACUUUUAAGAUCAAAAGGGUUACAAUUAGGAGAAGUUCAAGGAAUAGAAGCUCCACCAUCACGACCAAAAAAAAGUAGGAAGAAUGAUUUGGAGAAGAGAACUGAAAUGUUUCCAGCACCUCAAAUUGGAAACACUGAAAUGCCACCAGAAGAUGGUUUCACUUGGAGAAAAUAUGGCCAGAAAGAGAUACUUGGCCGCAAGUACCCAAGAAGUUACUAUAGGUGCACACACCAAAAAUUAUACCAUUGUCCAGCCAAGAAGCAAGUACAAAGGCUAGAUGAUAUCCCUAACAUAGUUGAAGUAACAUAUAGAGGUGAACACAUUUGUCACAAAUCCUUAACAGCACCAUCAUCAUAUCCACCACUACCAACCCUUCUUGCAAACAUUAGUACUACUACUCAAACUACCGAUUCUUCCGAGAGGUGGCCGCUCGCAGUGAAUCUAGACCUCGGGGGCGGAGAUGGUAGCGGUGGUGGAGGCUCUAAUUCAAGAUUCGGCGUUGAAUACGCGGUGGCCGAUAUGGCGGAUGCAAUGUUCAAUUCAGGAAGUAGUAGUGGAAAUAGCAUGGAGUUACUCUUUCAAUCAAGUGAAGAUAAAUGGGAGCAUGAUGAAAAGGAAGAUUGA